GUGAACAAAAUCCUAUUAUUUUUCGCCACUUUUCUCGAGCAAAAUCGUCACUAUAAACCAUUGUUUAUCAUUUGAAUAAUAGGUUUUAAAAAUUUAUUUCAGUUUCAAGGGAAUUAACACGCAAUCAACCAAAAUUAAGCCUGGUUAUCUUUUCAGUAAUUCCUGAAAUUUGCAAGAAUAUUUUGGAUUCGUACUACUGCAUCCUUUCUGUGCUCCUCGUGUCGGAGCUUGACGUUUAUUGCGGCGAAUCUUGCACAUUUCUCACGUGUUAAUUUAAUAUCGAAGAUUUACAAUGGCUGACGUUGAACAGCCAGUAGUUCCUGCUGCAGAAGAUAUCAAAGCAAAGUCUGAACCAAAAACAGAAGAAAAAGAGAACACCCUCACAAAUGGAAAUCAUCAAGAAAGUCCUCCGAAAAAUCUUGAUGAAAAAAUCAUCCGCCAAAUUGAAUAUUACUUUGGCGACAUCAAUUACCCGAGAGACAAAUUUUUGCAAGAAGAAAGCAAGAAAGAUGAUGGAUGGAUUUCAAUGGAAACAAUGCUGUUAUUCAAGCGGCUGGCUAAACUAAGUGAAGAUCCAAAAGUGAUAGUUGAAGCUAUCAAAAAAUCUACCCGACAGUUAGUUGAAGUGAAUGAAGAUGGCUCUAAAAUCAGAAGAUCUCCUAAUGUACCAUUGCCAGAGUUGUGUGAAGAUCGCAGGAAAGAAUUAGUAUCAAGAAGCAUCUAUUGCAAAGGAUUCCCCAAAACUGAUAUGAACGUAGAUAUUCUUCUAGAUUACUUUGAACAGUAUGGACCUUUAGACAAUCUCAUUAUGCGAAAUUAUUUGGACAAAGCAGAAAAACAAUGGAAAUUCAAAGGGUCUGUGUAUGCUAUUUUUCCAACUGUAGAAAAAGCAGCAGAAUUUUUAAAGAUUGAAAACGUCAAAUAUAAGGAUGAAGUCUUGGAAAGGAAAUGGCAACAAGAACACAUAGAUGAGAAGAAAAAAGAAAGAGACCAAAGAUCCAAAAAAUCAACAGAACAAGACAUUCUAAAGAAAUUGAAAGAGAAAGAAGAUGAACCACCAGCUCCUGUUUUACCGAAAGGUGCUUUCCUUAGAUUGAACAGUUGCUCCAAUGAUAUCAAACGUGAAGACAUGAAAGAAGUUCUAGAGCAGAAAGGAGCCAAAGUAGGAUUUAUUGACUACAGCGUAGGAGAUGAAACUGCUGUUGUCAGGCUACAGGGAGAAGGAACAGCCAAGAAGGUUCUGGAAGCAUUCGAAGGAAAUGUUGUCGAAGUAAAAGGCGUUAAGUUAGAAGCAUCCGUAAUCGAAGGAGAAGAAGAGGAGCAGUUAAUUGCGAAGAGUCUUGCAGAUCUUUCCAAGAGACGUGCCAUGAUGGCAAAUAAGAAACGUAACAAAGGUGGGAAAGGGCGAAAGAGCCAAAGCAAGCGCGGCGGUCCGAGGGGUGGCAAGAGGCGGCGCGGCAACCGUGAUGAUGACGACGACGAUGAUGAUGACAACGAUGAUGAUGAAAAUGACGCCAGUGAAGGAGGCAAUGAUAAAAAUCAGAAACGUAAAAACGAAGAUACUGAAACUGCAGCUGAAACCCCAGCUAAGAAGGAACGAACGGAAUAAAUUAAGAUUCAUCUCUUGCACAGUUUACUAUCGGAAAAUGUCCCAUGUUUAUAUGUUGACCUCUCAUUUAAUUUUAAUCUCUUGAUGUUCUCGGAAGGAAAGAAUGUAUUUGUUUUGUUGGGUCUUAUAUGACUUAAAAAUCCGGUUUUUACGAUUAUUAUUUCACCCUUUUUUUUUUUCUUUUUUUUAAAAUUUAUCAAACAUCUCAUUAUGUUACUUUUUUAGUUAUCGCUGUUAAGGUUUGAUCCCGAUCACGAAUCCAUGAUUACUCUUCAUUUACCCUCCAAGACUUUUCCUCUUGAAUUAUUAUAAUUCGCGUUCACAAAAUAAUGACUUUCUCCCAGAUUUUUUUUUACUUACUAUCUCUUUAGAUUAGCUUAACUCAGCUUGUUCUUGAGUUGUAAAAUAUUUUCAUUAUCAAUCAUCAAUAAACUUUUUCCAUUUUCA